AUGCACUACCCAUCCUUCGGCCACUUCCUCUUGGCGAGCAUCCUUGCCGUCCAAGGUGUUCAGUCCUUUAACCUCAUCCCCACGGGACAGGUCGCCAGACGCUAUGUAGCUCCCGCCUUGGCACUCGCCAUGCCUGCCCUGGCUGCGCCCCAGGCCGCCAGCAUCGAGUCCCGCGAGCCUCACCACCGCGGCAAGAAGACCAAGAAGAAUAAGAAGGCCAAGGCCGCCAAGCGCGACGAGUCUGCCAUUGACGAGGCUCUUGAUGCCCGUGAUAUCGAGGUUCUUGAGACCCGUGAUAUCGAGGCUCGUGAGCCCCAUCACCGCGGCAAGAAGACGAAGAAGAACAAGAAGGCCAAGGCCGCCAAGCGUGACGAGUUUGCCGCCGAGGGCGCCAUCGAGUCUUCCGAGCACGAGAUCGAGGCCCUUGAGACCCGUGAUAUCGAAGCCCGCGAGCCGCACCACCGCGGUAAGAAAACGAAGAAGAACAAGAAGGCAAAGGCCGCCAAGCGUGACGAGUUUGCCGCCGAGGGCGCCAUCGAGUCUUCCGAGCACGAGAUCGAAUCGGCCGAGCACGAGAUCGAAGCCCGCGAGCCGCACCACCGCGGUAAGAAAACGAAGAAGAACAAGAAGGCAAAGGCCGCCAAGCGUGACGAGUUUGCCGCCGAGGGCGCCAUCGAGUCUUCUGAGCACGAAAUCGAGUCUGCCGAGCACGAAAUUGAGGCUCGUGAGCCCCAUCACCGCGGCAAGAAGACCAAGAAGAACAAGAAGGCCAAGGCCGCCAAGCGCGACGAGUCUGCCGUUGACGAGGCUCUUGAGGCCCGUGAUGUUGAGGUUCUUGAGACCCGCGACAUCGAGGCUCGUGAGCCCCAUCACCGCGGCAAGAAGACCAAGAAAAACAAGAAGGCGAAGGCCGCCAAGCGCGAUGAGUUCGCCUCCGAGGAUGCCAUCGAGUCUGCCGAGCACGAGAUUGAGGCCCGCGAGCCCCACCACCGCGGUAAGAAGACCAAGAAGAACAAGAAGGCCAAGGCCGCCAAGCGCGACGAGUUCGCCGCCAAUGAGGCUCGCGCUUUCACCGCCUAA